AUGGCGAUGUUGUCUGGUCCCUCCCUGCUAUGGGAAAGCCAUGAAGCGGGUCUCCUCAAUGCCAAUGGCGAAGCCAGCCGUAAAAGCGACUUUGAUUAUCUUAGCAAGGUUGCCACCUCUUUUAUCAACUGCAUCAAGGAGGACGCCAUCCAUAUCGAGGGCAGCAGCGCCAACAAAAUGUUCGAGGCUGUCAUGAUCGAAUUUCGUCGGCUAUCAGCCCACCCAUCUCUCUUCCCGUCUGAUGAGGCCCGCUACCGUUUCUGGAUUCUCGUAAAUUUGGCAAGGGACGAGCAGAUCGAAGCAUUCAGGGCGAAGAAAAACGCGAAGACUAUGGAGGGUUUCGCUAGGCGUGCCAAUCUUCUUGCAAGAGAGGAGGAUCUUCUCGUACAAUCUCUCAACCGUCCCUCGUUCAAGCCAAAUCUGCUUCCUUGGGAACAGUUCCUUCUCAAGGGGAGUCCUGGAAGUGGCGUACGGUUGCCCGAUACCGCGCGCAAUGCUACUGUGCGGUUGAUGCCAAUCGGAGGAGUGGCUCUUCAUCUCAACUGGCUACGAGAGACAAAACGCAUCCAGAAGGAAUGUGAGAAUGUAAGCUCGACGAUCUACACCUUAAAGCGAAGGCUGUAA